CACGUUAUUAUUAUAGUCACCCCUCAAUUUGCUAUUGUAUAAUGCAAUAGAAUAUUGUAACAUGCCGCUAUAAUGCAAGAGGGUCUAUAAACCAAAUGUACCAAAUAUAAAGAAAGUGAUGCUUUAGCGUUAGACACACACUUUGAUAUCAGCAAAUUGAUGAAUUGACUGCGACGGUCGCGGACAUCGUAUAAUUUUGUGUUAUUUGCACCACGACUUGUACGUUGAGAAAUCAAUAAUACACAUAGCAAGCGUCAUAUUGUCGUAGUUUUUCAAUGGGGAAACAAGACGAAUAAAUAUGUUAGAGAAUUUUCAGCGAGAAUAUAAUGUCAAUCGGGUAUAUCUGUCGAUCAUAGGCUUUUGGCCGUUUCAAACAAAAUUCGUGAGAAACUUCUUACAAACUUUCUGCUUUCUGCUCAACAUGAGUUAUAUUUUUUUCGAGAUAACGAUGUUGCACGAUUAUUGGAAUAAUCCACAAAUAAUUUUUGAUUGCAUCUUACAAAUGGCGGUGUCGCUUGGUAUGGUCGGAAGGCAAGCGAAUGAGUUUUGGAAUCGCGACAAGGUAAGGUUUUACUAUAGCGUGUUACAUUCACUUUUUCUUUUAAGUUAUGUUUACUGCGGUAUAACUCUUUUCAGACCUAACAUGUUAAAUUGUUUCCAUGUUUGUUGUGAUCAGUUGCGAUGGUUGUACCAAGCUAUUGACGAGCAUUGGAACAUAUUUACGGAUGAUGUGGAGGUUCGAAUCAUGAAAGAUUAUUCUAUGGUAUCACGAAAAUUUGUGAAAUAUUACUCAAAGGUGAUGUGUAGCAUAAUAGUAAUAUUAAUACUAAUCCCAUUAAUACCAUUACUGCUUGAUAUCGUAAUGCCUCUUAACGAACCACGUCCGCGAUCUUUUGCGGUCGAAAUCAACGAAAUCAGGAUGAAUAAAGAGGACCAUUUUCUACUAAUUUUUUGUUAUACUAGUGCUAUAAUUGUGGUAGUUACACUCACCGUGUUGGGCCUUGAUGCAAUGCAUGUCGCGUGCACUGCUCAUGCAUGCAGUUUAUUUGCUGCUGUCAGUAAACAAAUUGAAAAUAUAACUUCAAAAGCGAACAAUAAAUAUAUCAAUGAAAUCGGAGAAUGUAAGUAUGGCAUGUAUAUGAAACUUGAUCCAUUAAAUGAGGAAAUAAUAUACCGGGAAUACAUAUUAUGUUUAAAGAAACACCAACUUGCUAUAGAAUUUGUUAAUAUAUUGGACUCGUCGUAUCAAGGGAUUGCAUUACUUUUGUUAAUGUUGCUUCUUAUAAUUAUAAGUGUGAUUGCGGUUCGAAUCGUUUAUAUGUUGAACCAAGUGGAGGAAGUGGUGAAAUACAUUGGUAUAUUCCUAGCAGGUCUGAUAGCUUUGAUGAUUGUAUCCUACUCUGGUCAAAGAUUAAUGGACGAAAGUCAGAGUAUAUUCCGUCAGGCAUACGCUGCAGAAUGGUAUAUGUUCUCGCCUAGAUUAAAAUCUUUAUUGAUAAUCACUCUUUACAGAAGUAAUAGACCAUGUGGAUUGAAGGCAGGCAAUAUGAUUCCAUUAUCCAUCGCGACUUACGCAGCGGUUAUACGGACCGCCAUAUCAUACUUUACAGCGUUUACAUCAAUCAAAGGGUGAUUGCUUAGAUUUUAAUUAACUUUUCACUAAUAUAGCUUUGUAGUAUGCGUGAUAUUAAUGUUUUUAACAUCAAUAAAUCGUAUUUUGAUGAUAUCUGCUUUUGGUUUAUAAUUUUUCUCUAUUUCUUUGAAUUAUUAAAUUUACGACAUGUAAACUUCGACCAUACUCAAUUUCGUCGUCUACUUUCAAAGAUAUUCGACUCUUCGAUCGCAGUAUAACUGCAGUACUAAAAAUAAACUGAAAAUCAUUCUAGCAAAGAAGAGUUUUCAAUACGGAAGGGGGGAGAAAAAAAUAAGCACGCGUCUGCACUACUAUUAUUUUCAUCUUCAAUUAUCUUGUCACGCUAUGUGCUAGACUACAAUAUGCUUAUACUAUACUUAUGUAACCAUAACGUGGCACACCAGGAAGAUAUUUAACAGAAGAAAGUGAAAAUAAUGGUUCAGUAGUUUAGUAUCGUAUGCGAUAAACGUACUCUAUCAUCAGAGACAUACGUAAGACAUUGUCACUG